UCCCUGGCUAUAAAACCAGUCUGGUCCUUACUCGGAGGUGUGAAACUCUCCAUCUGUCUGAACCUCUCAUCCUCAGCCAGCCUCACACAGCCUAAUCAUGAGCAGGAACUACAUGUCCAAGUUUGACGAACUCCGCAAGGGGGACUACCUGUGGUCCAACAACAAAGAAUAUAAGGCAGUGUUUCAGGAGGACGGUAACUUCAUCAUCUACGGCUGGAAGUCCAUGUGGAACUCAGACACCGCCGGCCAGCGCGACGCCUGGCGCCUGUGCAUGCAGGACGACUGCAACCUGGUGAUGUACAAGAGGGACGACAAGGCCAUGUGGCACACCAACACCCACACAUCCAACGGAGGCCGGAUGUGUCGCCUCUGGCUCAGGGAUGACGGCACCAUGGUGAUCGAGAAGGACGGCGAGGAAGUGUGGUCUUCUGCCAUGUCCCGCGGACAAAAGUAAAAACCGCCAAAUGAUUUUUCAAACAAUAAACUACAGCUGUCACUGAAA